GUUUGCAGUGAGACCCGUCGGUUUUUAGUUUAAUUAUUUGAUUUGAUUUUUAUUAUUUUUAUUUUUAUUUUAUUUUUGGUUUCACGUGAAGAGCACAUGGGAGAGGCUCUCUCUCUCUCUCUCUCUGACUGACUCGUUCUUCGCUUUUUCCCAAAGGAUCGUCGUCCCUUUACUCCAAAUUCCCAAUUCCCUCCAAACUUACCCUCUAAGCCCAAUUUUAUCUUCACUAGUCGGUUUUAGGCCUCCAUGGACUGUCGUUCAGGCGGCGCUACUGCCCCGAACGAUUCGUCCGUCUCCUCACGCCGAAACACCAAUCCUCAUACUACCUCAGUGUCUGUGUCCGCUUCAGUCCCCGCUCCUAUAUCCGCUCAUCCCUCCUUCCAGAAUGUCCCUACCUCCAUGAUGGAUCUCGACAAUCACGCGGCUGCGGAGGAUCGCUCACGUCGAGCGACGAGUGUUCUCUCCAUGGAUGAUAUUGAAGCGGCACAGGCCCUGGAGGGGCUACGUACAGAGUACGGUCAGCCGCCUCGAAACUUGUCGCAGCAGACGUCGAGUCCCGAAUCCAAACCGCAACCCGAACCCCUCUUAUCAUUACUGACCUCGACCCAUCCGCUGAUAUCCUCCGCCAUCAACGGAUCGGUCUCCGCCUACACCAGCUCCAAAUCCUACUCGCCUCGUUUUAAAUCGGGAGCCGAGUUCAUCGAACGGAACAUUGGCUCCCCCGUCGCCAAUACCGUUGGUUCUGUCGGCCGCAAAACGGGAGUCGAGAGCGGCCUUCGAUGGGCUCUCCAGCGCCGUGCUUCUGGCUCGACGGAUCCCAAGCGGUCCAAGCGUCGCAAAGUGAGCGGAGACAAACAUCCCAGUGAAGUUGAUUUGGAGAAAGGCCCCGAAGAAAAGAUGUCCCAUCACGUCCGGGGCUCCUCCGACCUGUCCAUGGGUGAACCCCUCCCGCCCUAUGACGACCACACAUCGCCCAGUUACGAGGAAGUAGGUCGGGAAAGCUCGCGGCAGAAUGCCACUUGGCAAAGCCGACUGGUGAUUUCUACCUCGGGGUUGGGGGUAGCGAUGAGCGAGGAGUCGCUCCGUAGCUUGCAGUAUUGCUUGACCUGGUUGCGGUGGGCUAACGGGCGACUGGGCAAAUCCAUACUGGCGCUUCAGGGGGCGUUGAAGGAGUGGGACAAUGCAAAGAAGAACAAUGAUGGUAAUCAGGACACCUCCUUGCUGUCCCAGCGUAUCCAGGCCGUCAAGGAGGACGUUUUGUCGACUUUGAAGCAGGUUGUAGAUGUUGUUUCCAAGUAUGCCGGGGGUGCACUGCCGGAAAAUGCGCGCAACCUAGUUCGCCGACAUCUCACUUCCCUGCCCCAUCGGUUCCAGGUAGCUUCGACGUCAAACCCUCCCCCCGAUUCGACGGCGGCAUCGUCCGACGCCACGAUCGGCGCUCAUCGCAUUUUAGUUCUGGCACAGGAAGGCCUAGACAUGAUGGCGCAGGUCAGCGGAGUGGUCAAUGAUACCCUGGUCAGCGCGGAGCUGUGGUGCGAGAGGUUGGGCAAGAAGCGGCCCGACAGCAAGAACCAAAACGAUGCUCAACCGCCUGAGUCGCGCGACACAUCGUUCCCGGCUGAUGUCAAGCAGCCUAUCCGCGAACCAUCCCAAGAUGUCCCGAUGACAGGGACAGAGGAGAAGGUAUAGACGCCAUAGCGCAAGAGAAAAUCCCCAUUUUCCAGAUUAUCUCUCAGCUAUUGCUCAGCGGGCACUGAGAAAUACAUUGCCAGCCUGGUGAGGUUACGGAAUAUUUCAAACUUUCGAGUUUGGAAAUUAUGCCGGAUCACCGGCUGAUGGUACACGUCUUUUAACAUCUCGGACCUUUUCAUUCAUUUAUCUCCGUGGUCGACUUUUCUUUGACAAUCUUUCAUAUAAACGUCUGUCUGCUACAUAUUUUUCCUUUUUGAUAUCCGUACCUCUGUUGAGAGUGAAGAUAGUGUCGGCGUUUUUCUUUUCUU